UCAAUUCCUAAUGUAAUGUAAUGUAAAGAUGUAAGAUGUAAUUAUUAACAAAAAGGGGGAUAUAUCCAGAAGUCUGUAUUUCUAACGUGUUUUAAAGACAUCUUGCAAAAGGGGGGCCUCAGACAAAUGUUAAUGCCAUUUGAGGGGCCUUGCCCUGGAAAAGUUUGGGAACCCCUGCCUUAAGGAACCCUUUUAAUCAUGUGAUGGGUCAGGUGCCAUGAGCAGUGUCAUCUCACACACACACACACACACACAAUCUUGAAAUGAAGGCACGCGAUAUAGGCUGUAUCUUAAUACUGAUUUUUUUUGUUGUACAUCUGUGUCACUAAAUCACUUGUUAUUAACAUAUCAGCCUCCUACCAAACAUCAACUAGCACUAACGCGCAGUUGGGCAAAAGAGAGGUGUUUGGAGAGCAACGCAAAUUACAAUUACGCACUGACUCUCUCUCUCUCUCUCUCACACACACACACACACACACAAACACACACACACACACACAGAGAGAGAAACAGUCAUACACGCGCGCGCGCCCACGCGCUCUCACAGUCGAGAAAAGAAGAAGAGCGGUUUAUAUCGGAUCUCUUCCUUAUUAAGCGAGAACGAUUCAAAUAAACCAAGCUGGUGUAGACGGGAAUACACGCGUAAGGAAGCAAAUGGACCCAGAUGAAAAAGCCAUCGGAGCUCAGAGCUCAGUGACUGUUCCAGCACCAUGAUAACUUGAGUACCGUUGCGUUUAGGUAACUUUUACAGGCCGGUUCAGAUGGAAAACACGUCGUCCAACAAAACGACGGAGGAGCACAUGUACGUCCACGUUCGCGUCUGUGCGUCGGCGGUGGACUUUGUGAUUCUGUUCCUCUUUAAUCUCGUCAUUAACUGGACUAUACUGCGAGAGCAGCGGCUGCGCAGCCAUGCCCGCUUCGUGCUCGUCUUCCACCUGCUGCUCUCGGCCACCACGUACUUCGCCGUGUGCUUCAUCUUCUACCUGCAGAUGUACGUGGAGGCGAAGCUGCCGGUGUCCGCAUGCGCAGCCCUCAUCACUGUGCUGGCAACGAGCGCGUCUAACAUCCUCCUCACCAUCACGGCCAUGGCCCUGGAUCGCUACGUGGCCAUCUGCUACCCGCUCCAGUACAGCAGCGUCCGCUGCCCGCACUGGCCCUGGAUUCUUGGGGUGGUCACGUGGGCGCUCGCGUCCAUCAUCCCUCUCAGUGUUUUCCCUAAAGAAGCGACCGGUCAGUGUAACCGGGACCAGCUCAAAUCAGGGAGGGUGCAUAGAAUGUUACUCAUCUCUAUUUGUACCACACUCAUUCUGUACAGUUACGUGCGGAUUUUAUGCGUGGGGCGCCGCCUGGGUGUGCUGAACCGGAGGAACCGCGCUGGCUGCAGGACCAUCGCCUUUCACGGCGUGCAGCUUGCAGUCUACAUACUGCCCAACUUUAUUAACUUCGUGCUGCAAGUCCUGUCCAAAAAUAAUACGCUUUCGCAUAAAAACAAGGAACUUUUUGCUGUGAUUACGUUUGUUUUCUUCAGCCUGGCGCAGUGUAUCGCUCCUAUAGUGUACGGACUGCGCAAAGAGGAGCUGCUGGAGCAACUUAAUCUCCGCUUCCCCUGUUUAGCCAGCAGAUUGAAGAGUCUGCUGGAGUGGACAGUCAAUGUCACCCACCCUGGACAUCAACCCCGCCAACGGGAAAGGAGAAUGACAACAGAGACACUUUUAUCAAGAGAAAUAUCACAGACGACUGUGUGACCAUUAGGGACAGUACACAUGGGGACUGGGUAUGGAUUACAUACAGCUACAGACUGGAUUUACGCAGUAUUCACGCUUUUUUAAAAAAUAUAUUUUUAUACAUGAACUCAACUGUGAAAUGGUCAGGAGACCAAAGAAUAGACUUACAAAUGAACUGACAGCUAUGUGAAGUAAAAAUUCCUCAAAAGCCUGAUUUCAACACGGUGGAUGCUUCUGGAGUGUUUAAUCUGCCUUCAGUAGCGUAACAAUUAUAUGUAUAUUGUAGGUCAUGCAAUAAUGCACAAGCGUGUUUUACAGGAUCUUUUAAGGAUAAGUAUUUAAAUUCAUUUCCUUGGAGUACUCAGUUGCUUUAGAAUUCACUGGUUUCCCUUCUACAUAGCCCCUUAAACUACCAGUCAGCUCUUCCAGACUCACAUUCACACUCGUAAGUACACACCCUUCCUACUAACUUACUUAAUAGUUCCUAAAAAUAACCACAUGAUGGGAAAUCAAAUAUCAAUUUGAACUUGACAGCAGUAUACAAACAAUGCGAACAGCUAUGACUAACUAUUACGAAGAAAAAGAGCCAUGACUACUCUUGAGCAAACUUGAUUCUAAAAAUAAUUUUAACAGUCCGUCAAACUGGAGAUGUCAUUUAGACGGUCACAGACGUAGCUAUAAUUUCAUCAUUGCUUUCAGUUGGGAAAGAUGAGUGGCAGACCACUAUGGAGAUUUAUCUCAAAAAGUUAAAAAUACCCAAGCUGUGAGAAUUCAAAAAGGGGUCACAUCACCAACACUCAGACAUGGCAUUUUGAAGGUACUCUUUAAUGUUAACUGAAAUACUGAUCAUUAAAUGCACUGAGUCUCAUCGUACUUCUUGUUUAUUUAAUUCUGUCAAGUUUAUUUAUUUUUAACCACAAGCCUCUGGUACAUGGUACAAUCAUCCUACAGAGAGCUCAUGACAUUUGUUUAGUCAAACAAAUCUUAAAUUUACUGUAAUUGCAUUAUGAAUUGCAGGCACUGAUCAAUUGUAUACAUGUGUUUGUAAUCCUUAUUUUGUAAUAAACAUGUUGCUCAA